GGAAGGAAGAAGCGGAGGUUAGUGAGGCAAGCAGAGUCCAACCAAAUUCCAUUCACCUGAGCUCCGACGACCGGGCUCACGUGUUAUGCGCCGCUCCCAAUGCCACCCAACUCCACCAUUUGUCGUCCCUUCCUCUUCCUCUCCAAACACCACUACUCCUCUCACUACCUCUCCCACUUCCUCCCUCUCGCCGCCUCCGACUUCCAACCCCUCACCAUAAUCACGCCGCGCGAACGCCGCAUACUGGUGGUGGGCCUCUCCGCCAUCGUGAAAACUGACCAGGGUUUCGCCCUCAAGGCCUUCUCCCUCCGCUUCUGCCCCUUCUUCCUCGUCAAGAUCAUGAAGCUCCUCCAAACCCGCCACGCCGCCUUCGCGUUUUUCAAGUUAGCGUUUGGCGACGGUUGCGCCUCCGAGGAGACCGUCCGCUUGAGUUGCGUCGCCGCGCACGUUCUCGCCGCGCAGAAACUCCACCUGCUCGCGCAGGACGUCGUUUCGUGGCUCGUUGCUAGGGUUGGGGCCGGGAGAGCCAAGGAGCUCGUGGAGCUUAUGUGGACGAAUCACGCGUUGUACGAGUCUGAUUUCUCCGUGUUGAAUACGCUUAUGCGGGCUUUUCUCAAUUCUGGGAUGAGUUUUGAGGCUUUGGAGAUUUUGCGUAGGAUGAGGGAUGUGGGAGUUAGGCCUGGUUUGUCUUCGCUCACGAUUCUUAUUAGGUUGUUGCUUCGGGUUGGUGAUUAUGGUAGUGUGUGGAAGUUGUUUAAGGAUAUGGUCUGCAAGGGGCCUCGCCCUUCGAAUAUCACUUUUAAUGUGAUGAUUCUUGGGUUUUGUAAACAGCAGAAGUUUGUGAUUGCGGAGAGUUUGUUGCAUUUGAUGCCUAAGUUUAGGUGUAUUCCUGAUGUUGUUACGUUUAACAUUCUUAUUAAUGAUUGCUGUGUUAGGGGGAGGACUUUUGUUGCGAUUGAUUGGUUGCAUUUUAUGGUCAGGAGUGGUUGUGAACCGAGUGUUGCCACGGUUACUACCAUUAUGCACGCACUUUGCAGGGAAGGGAAUGUGGUGGAGGCACGUAAGCUCUUUGAUGGAAUUCGGGAUAUGGGAGUCACGCUGAAUGCUGCGGUGUAUAAUACACUGAUGGAUGGAUAUGUCAAGGCGAGGGAGGUUGAUCAAGCUUGCUUGCUUUAUGAAGAGAUGAGGACUAAGGGUGUUUCUCCUGAUUGUGUGACCUUUAAUAUUUUGGUUGGGGGGCAUUAUAAGUAUGGGAGGAAAGAGGAUUGGAACAGGUUGUUGAAAGAUUGGAUAGUAUUAGGAUUGUUUUCGGAUUGUUCACUGUAUGAUGUAACUGUGUCAUGGCUAUGUUGGGCUGGCAAGCUUGAUGAGGCCAUGAAAUUGUUACAAGAACUGCUUGAGAAGGGACUGACUCUAAGUGUUGUUGCCUUUAAUUCAGUAAUAGGAGCCUAUAGCAGGGAAGGUUUAGAAGACAAAGCUUUUGAAGCCUAUCGGAUUAUGGUCAAAUGCGGCCUCACUCCGUCAUCGUCCACUUGUAAUUUUUUGCUUAUGGGUUUAUGUAGGAAGGGGUGGUUGCAAGAAGCCAGGAUACUUUUCUAUAGGAUGUUAGAGAAGGGGUUUCCCAUUAACAAAGUGGCUUAUACUGUGCUUUUGGAUGGACACUUCAAGAUGAAUGAUUUGGGUGGAGCUCAGUUUUUCUGGAAGGAAAUGAAAGAAAGGGGCACAUAUCCAGAUGCUGUUGCUUUUGCAGCCUUAAUAGAUGGACUUUCUAAGGCAGGUAAUGUCGAGGAGGCAUAUGAAGUCUUAUUAGAAAUGUCAGCUAUAGGUUUUGUUCCCAAUAAUUUUGCUUACAAUUCUUUGAUUAGUGGGCUCUGCAAUUGUGGGAGGAUGAAUGAUGCAUUGAAGUUGGAGAAAGAGAUGAGGCAAAAAGGCCUUCUUCCUGAUACCUUCACCUUCAAUAUCAUCAUUGAUGGGUUUUGUAGACAGGGACAAAUGAAUUUUGCAAUUGAUACCUUUCUUCACAUGCAGCGAAUUGGGUUGUUGCCAGAUAUUUUUACAUUUAACAUAUUAAUUGGAGGAUACAGUAAGGCAUUUGACAUGGUUGGUGCAGGUGAGAUUGUUAAUAAAAUGUACUCAUGUGGGCUUGACCCAGAUAUCACAACUUAUAAUACACGCAUGCAUGGUUAUUGCAGAAUGCGAAAAAUGAAUCAAGCAGUUAUCAUUUUGGAUCAGCUCAUCUCUGUCGGUAUUGUUCCAAACACAGUGACAUACAACACUAUGAUGAGUGGUAUUUGUAGUGAUAUAUUAGAUCGUGCAAUGAUUAUUACUGCAAAGUUACUUAAGAUGGGAUUUAUUCCGAAUGUGGUUACAUCCAAUAUGUUGUUGUCUCAUUUUUGCAAGCAGGGGAUGCCAGAGAAGGCAUUACUAUGGGGUCAAAAGUUAAGGGAGAUUUCCUAUGGUUUGGAUGAAAUCUCCUAUAGAAUACUGGACCAAGCUUACCGUUUGACACAAGAUGAUGUUGAACUUGUGAGAGGAACAUAUGAAAAGGGCCUUUUUAUGGAUUUCCUAAUGUACAUUACAUUUGACUAUUUUUCAAGAAAUAAAUCCCAGAAGAUAGAGAAUGAGAAUAGUGAUAAUGUAAAGUUGAUUGAAAGUCAAUUUGUUGCUUUGUGAACUUGAUUGUUCCAUCGUUCUAUUAUCCUUGAAAUCUGCUUUGAAUUUGUGUAAUCAUGUGAACAAUAAGUUGCACUCAUUGAUUGGCUACUCAAGCAUUACAUGAUAUAAGUGGUCACAGUAUGUUCUGUGGCAUAAACUGUAAGAGACAAUUGAGGCAUUGGUAGCCUUUUUUGAAGAUGAAUAUCAUUGGUUAUUACUACCUAUUCUGGGGAGCUUCUAGCUGUAUUUCUCCAUGAAAGAUAAUAGCAGCAAUCCAUUUAGAGGCUGCAAGGGAAGCAUGGUUUGAUUUUGUGAUUGAAGCCUUCAGAAUAUUAUCAGUCAGUCUGAAAUGCGAUUGAAUGCACUGAACAGCUGGCAAUGGAGGAUGUUUUGUUCAUCAUUAACUAGAAGAUCAAAUUUAGGAUAUUGUGGGUUUGCUCGGAAAAAGUCUCAUGGAGCAGAAAGAAGCAAAACACUGUUGCUAGAUUAUGCGUAGAGGCAGAGUACCACCCUGUGAUUGCAGCAAUCUGUUAACUUGUGUCACUAAGGUUGCUUUAGUAGCUUUAAUUGAGAGAUGUCAAGACCAUGAACUUACCUUGUGAAAAUAUGCUACUCUUCAUUUUGCUUCAAGCAUAACUUUUCACGAAAGGACCAAACAUGUAGAAACCGAGUAUCAUUUUAUUAAAGAAAGUGUUCUUUCAUGUGUUUGGCUUUGUCAAUUUUGACUAUCAGUUAACAAACAUGUUGACUAAAUUCCUCAGAGAACCUCACGUCAACUUUUUUCAUAACAAGCUUUAUGCAUGAUAUAUAUG